AUGGUGCCCGGGGCGCCCGGCGCGGCCCUGACCCUCUGCGUCUGGCUGGCGGCCUCCGGGGGCUGCCUGGCUGGCGGCCCCGGCGCGGCGGCCGCUCGGCGGCUGGACGAGUCCCUGUCGGCCGUGAGCGUCCAGCGCGCGCGCUGCUCGUCCAGGUGCCUCAGCUUGCAGAUCACGCGCAUCUCCGCCGUCUUCCAGCACUUCCAGAACAAUGGUUCCCUGGUCUGGUGCCAGAAUCACAAGCAAUGUUCUAAGUGCCUGGAGCCAUGCAAGGACACCUGGGACGUGCAGAAGGAGCAGUGUCACAGCCUCUGCGAGCCUCUGUUCCCCAAGAAGAACUAUGAAUGCCUGAUGAGCUGUGAGUUCCUCAAAUACAUCCUGGCGGUGAAGCAGGGCGACUGCCCGGCCCCCGAGAAGGCAAGCGGAUUUGCCGCCGCCUGUGUGGAAAGUUGUGAGGCCGACAACGAGUGCUCCGGGGUUAAGAAAUGCUGUUCCAACGGAUGCGGACACACCUGCCAAGUGCCCAAGACGCUGUACAAAGGUGUCCCCCUGAAGCCCAGAAAAGAGUUACGAUUCACAGAACUGCAGUCUGGACAGCUGGAGAUUAAGUGGUCCUCGAAAUUCAAUAUUUCCAUUGAGCCCGUGAUCUAUGUGGUACAAAGAAGAUGGAAUUACGGAAUCCAUCCUAGUGAAGACGAUGCCACACACUGGCAGACGGUAGCCCAGACCACAGAUGAGCGGGUGCAGCUGACUGACAUACGUCCCAGCAGGUGGUACCAGUUCCGAGUGGCAGGCGUCAACGUGCAUGGGACCCGAGGCUUCACUGCCCCCAGCAAGCACUUCCGUUCCUCCAAAGAUCCGUCUGCGCCCCCCGCCCCGGCCAACCUCCGGCUUGCAAACUCCACCGCCAAUGGUGACGGCACCGUGACCGUGGCCAUUGUCUGGGAUGUCCCCGAGGAAGCAGACAUCCCUGUACAUCACUAUAAGGUAUUUUGGAGCUGGACGGUCAGCACCAAGUCACUUGUCCCAACGAAAAAGAAGCGGAGAAAGACUACGGAUGGGUCCCAGAACUCGGUGAUCCUGGACAGACUGCAGCCAGACUGCGGCUACACCGUGGAGCUGCAGGCCAUCGCCUACUGGGGGCAGACGCGCCUGAAGGGGGCGAAGGCGUCCCUGCACUUCACGCCUGCGCGCUCCACCGGCCACAAGGAGCAACUUGGGAAAAUCAGGAAGAGCAUGGUGCACAUCCAGCCGUCUUUCCAAAGACGAGGGCCCGCCCGCCUGCUGGAAAUCGGAGCUCCCUUCUAUCAAGACCACCAGCUGCAGGUGAAGGUCUACUGGAAAAAGACGGAAGAUCCUGGCGUCGACCGAUACCACGUGCAGUGGCUUCCGGAGGCCUGCGCCCACAACGCUAGCACCCGAGCGGAGACGUCUUCUGGCCUCACCCAGGAAAAUUAUAUAAUUCUUCAGGAUCUAUCAUUUUCCUGUAAAUAUAAGGUGACUGUGCAACCGAUACGGCCCAAGGGCCGCUUGAAGGCAGAAACUGUUUUCUUUACGACUCCUCCGUGCUCUGCCCUGAAAGGGAAAAGCCACCGGCACGUGAGCUGUCCUGGUGAAGCAGCGCACGUGCCUGCCAAGGUGCUCACCAAGCCUGAGAACCUCUCUGCCUCGUUUGUGGUCCAAGAUGCUAACAUCACAGGCCACUUUUCUUGGAAGAUGGCCAAGGCCAACCUCUAUCAUCCCAUGACUGGCUUUCAGGUGACCUGGGCCGAGGUCACGACGGAGAGCAGACAGAACAGCCUGCCCAACAGCAUCAUUUCACAGUCACAGAUCCUGCCUUCCGAUCACUACGUGCUAACAGUGCCCAAUCUGAGGCCAUCUACGCUGUACCGACUGGAAGUACAGGUGCUGACCGCGGGAGGGGAAGGGCCGGCCACCAUCAAAACCUUCCGGACGCCCGACCUCAUGCUGCCCUCGGUGCACAGACCCCACCUCAGACAUCGGCAUCCGCAUCAUUACAAGCCUUCUCCAGAAAGAUACUGAAGGGACCUAGAAGAUGUCUAAGAAUGGAAGGAAUGUGCCGGCAUGCUGAGCUACCUGGUCUACACUUACAGGCAGGCACCCCCCAGAACUCCCUACCCGUCGUCAUCUGCGCCCGAGGAACCUCUGCCCAUCUGGGACACAUGUGGAAACCAGCGACACACAGCCCAUGGGGACGGACAGCGGCUUCCUACGGGGAGGAGGGAAAUGAAGAGGCGGCCUGUGGAACCGGGCAUUUAAACGUCCACAUGUGAGUGUCUGCUGAAUGACUGCAGAAGGGUGCUCUUCCUGGAUUCACAGCAGCACAUUCGCAAGUUAGUGUAGCCAACACACAAUUUGUCCACACACCAGGCCUCACGCGGAUCCACACAACAUUUUCAAAUUAAACGAUGGCUUUGAUUUGCAAAGUCAACUAAGUUGAUGCAGUGGUUAGGUCCUAUUCCAAUCUUUCAUAAGAUGAUUUAUAUCACGUAUAAUUUUUAACUGAAAAAAAUCUAACCUCAAAUACAGCAAUUAAUUUAAAUCUCUGCCUGCCCUUACGCUACAUUCGCACAAAGGCGAAUGAGCACUGCAUCUGUCAAUAGUGCUUUUCGAAAGACUCCAAAGCAGGAGAGAUUCAGCUAAUCAACCUGCUAUCCAGAGUCGGCCCCGGAGAAGUUAAAAUUCACUCCUAGGGAUACUUUUUAAUAUUUCGUCCUGCAAAACGAGAGAUUUUCCUUGUUUCCUUAGUGCAGGAAAGAGCUGCUGAUGUACUUUGUGUUCCCACUUCAUCCAUCUAAAAAUUUACAAAACGUCUUGUUUAAAAUGAAAGAAUCCCAACUAUUGGA